AUGUCAUCAGAUCUUGAAAAACAUACUGAUAAAAGUUCAUCAUUUGCUGGUUAUGAUAACGAAAUAGUUCAAGAUUCAAUUGAAGUGACUCAUCUUAAUUUCAUUGAUAAAUGGGCUCAUAAACUUAACGCCGAAACUAAAGGUAUUGAAUUAGUAACAGAUGAAGAAAAAACCGAUACAUCAAUUUGGAAUGCCGCCACAAUGUGGCUUUCUGCCAAUCUUGUUAUUGCUACUUUUUCAUUAGGUGCAAUUGGUAUUACUGUAUUUGAAUUAGCAUUUGGUCAAGCUGUUUUAGUUAUUAUAUUCUUUUCUGCCUUGGGUGUAUUUUCAGUUGCAUUCUUUUCAUGUUUUGGACCAGUUUUAGGGUUAAGACAAAUGAUUUUAUCCAAAUUUUUAAUUGGUGAUAUAACAACAAGAAUAUUUGCUGCUAUUAAUGUUGUUGCAUGUGUAGGUUGGGGUGCUGUUAAUAUCAUGUCAAGUGCACAAUUAUUACACAUUGUUAACAAUAAUAGUUUACCACCUUGGGCUGGUUGUUUAAUCUUGGUUGUUGCCACUAUUUUAAUUACAUUCUUUGGAUAUAGAGUUAUUCAUGUUUAUGAAAAAUGGUCUUGGAUCCCCAAUAUUGCUGUUUUCAUUGUUAUUAUUGUUCAAUUUGCCAGAAGUGGUAAUUUCACCAGUGCACCAUUUGAAGGUGGUCCAAUUACUGCUGGUGGUGUUCUUAGUUUUGGUGGUACCAUUUAUGGUUUUGCAACUGGUUGGACUACUUAUGCUUCUGAUUAUACUGUUUAUCAACCACGUAAUGUCAAUUUAUACAAAAUCUUUUUCGCUAUUUUCUUUGGAUUAUGGCUUCCACUUUUAUUUACCUUGAUCUUAGGUGCUGCUUGUGCUACUGGUAUUAGUGCCGAUCCUCGUUGGACUGAAUUAUAUAAUACUAAUUCCAUUGGUGGAUUAGUUUAUGCCAUUAUUGUUGAAGAUUCUUUAGGUGGAUUUGGACAAUUCUGUUGUGUUAUUCUUGCCAUGUCUACAGUUGCCAAUAAUGUUCCAAAUAUGUAUUCAAUGGCAUUAUCUGCUCAAACUGUUUGGGAACCAUUAUCUAAAAUUCCAAGAAUUGUUUGGACUAUUGUUGGUAAUGCUGUUACUUUAGCUAUUUCAAUUCCUGCAUUUUAUAAAUUUGAAAGUGUUAUGGAAAAUUUCAUGAAUUUAAUUGCUUAUUAUCUUGCAAUUUAUGAAUCAUUAAUGUAUGCUGAACAUUUUGUUUGGAAUAAGGGGAAAUUUUCUGCUUAUGAUUAUGAAAAUUAUAAAGAUAAAACCAGUUAUCCAAUUGGAAUUGCCGGAACAUUUGGAUUCUGUUGUGGUGUUGCCGGGGUUGUCAUUGGUAUGGAUCAAACUUGGUAUGCUGGUGUUUUAGCUAGACAAAUUGGAUUAGGUGGGGAUAUUGCCUUUGAAUUGGCAUUUGCAUUUGCAUUCAUUGGAUUUAAUAUUGUUAGAUACUUUGAAAAGAAGUAUUACCGUUAA